AGAAAGACACACACACACACACACACACACACACACAGUCAGCAGCAGAAUCAUGGAGCCACAAGAGAUCAGAGAGGGAUACUUGGUGAAAAAGGGGACGCUGCUGAACACGUGGAAGGCCGUGUGGGCGGUGCUGUCAGAGGACGGCGUCGAGUUCUUCAAAAAGAAAACCGACCGCUCUCCGAAAGGCAUGAUCCCACUGAAGGGAGCGACACUCGUCAGUCCCUGUCAGGACUUUGGCAAAAGAACGUUGGUUUUCAAGCUCACCACCGACAAGAAGCAGGAUCACUUCUUCCAAGCGUCCCACGUGGAGGAGAGAGAGAGUUGGGUCAAGGACAUCAAGAGAGUCCUUACCUGUCUGCAGGGUGGGAAACGCUUCGCCAGGAAGUCCACGAGGCGUUCCAUUCGCCUCGCCCCUACAAUCAACCUGAGUGAACUGUACGCUCUGAUGAAAGACCAGGACGAUGGAGUGAAGGAGUUGAAACUGGAGCAGGACAAUCGAAUCUUCAACCACUGCUUCACUGGUGCUACAGUGGUCGAAUGGCUGAUUUCAAAGGAGAAGGCGAGGAACAGGCCCGAGGCCCUGAUGUUAGCCACGGGGCUCCUGAACGAGGGUUUCCUUCAGCCCGCGGGUGACCUGGCCAAAGACGGAGCAGAGAGCGGAGACCAGACAAACUUCUUAGAUCAGACCAACGGCCUUUACUACUUUGCAGACAGUGGGUUCUUCUGUGAAGGCAACUCCAGUGAUGAGGACGUGCUCCUGAAGGAGGAAUUCAGAGGAAACAUCGUAAAACAAGGCUGCUUACUCAAACAGGGGCACAGGAGAAAGAACUGGAAGGUGCGGAAGUUCAUACUGAGAGACGACCCUGCUUAUAUACAUUAUUACGAUCCGACAAAGGGUGACGACCCUUUGGGCUCCAUCCACCUCCGUGGAUCUGUGGUCACGGCCGUGGAGUAUGUGCCUGACGCCAAAAAAUACGACAUCGACGGCAACCUCUUUGAGAUCAUCACGUCAGACGAGGUUCACUACUUCUUCCAAGCGGCGACAGCCGAGGAGAGAAGGGAGUGGAUCAAAGCGAUACAGACGGUGUCGAAAAGCGGCAAAUAACUGAUAAUAACUAACACACAGCAGCAGCAGCAGCAGGUGUCUGAUGUCUGCUGUAAACAUUGAAUAGAUCUGUCUUUAUAUUUAACUAACACGUUAUAUUACAGUUACAGUUUUGACAGUGUAUGUUUUUAACGCUGUAACGAAGGAGAAAUAAAAGGUUCUUUUAACGCAGUUAUAGCAACAACAGGGUAAUACUACGUUACUACGAUGGUAAUUACUCGCUUAUUUAUUUUUUUGGUUUAGUUUUCAUUUUGGCGCCAACAAUCAUGUGUUCUCAAGGUUUUGCUUUCCAUAAAAAUGCAAAAUUGGAACAUACAGUAUAUACUGUAUAUAAUGGAAUAAUAGUCUGUUUUACACGCAAGACGCAAGUUUUAUGUGAUUAUAUAUAACAUUUUAUAUGAUGUGAUACUUAACAAAUGUGUUGCGGCUGUAUCGUUAUAUAAACAACCAAAAAGUCACAAAGAGCAAAAAAAAAAGUGGCACAUUUGUGUGUUUUUUUCAGGUUGAUUUUCUUGUGCGCGCUGCGGUUUUUCUUUGGUUUUCCUCCUUGUGUGUGUGUGUGUGUGUGUUAGUGUGACAUUAUCACACGAGCACAUGCAAGUUCCUGAGUCUGAGUCGAAGCCAUGCACUGUGCACUGUGUUUGCCCUCAUCUGAUGUGAGGCCUCAGAAUCUCACAUCAGUGAACAAACGUUUCCUCUCUGAUGCAAUGAAACACUUCCGUUUGGAAUCCGUUAACAUUUUUGCCUUUUUCAUAACCUUUUAAAGACUUGAGCGGUUUCUGUGUUAACGCCCACUCAUCACAUACACUCCCAGUACAGCUCACAGAGAUUCUACAAAAAAUAAAUGCAAUUUGAUUUACCUACAGUUUAUAAAGUAAGUGACAUUAAUCAUUUUAAUAAUUUAGCCGUAUAUACUCCACUCGUAUUAUAAUUAAUUAUAAUUAUGGCAUAUUUACACUGAUGCUUGUAAUAAAUAAAAAUGUAAAAAUGUGAAUUGAAAGCAUGAUAA